CAGGGAGUCCACACAGUACAGUGUCUUCACAGCGCUCAGCGGAUACACAUCGAAAGCAGGACUACUCUCGACUCCUCAGCAUUGAGGUAUUGUGUGGCUCGCUGGCAGCAGGAAGGACUAUGAGGGUGGCUGCCACCUGCACUGCAGAGCUCUGUAACUUUGGCAGAUAGGAUCAUUAUCCCCCUGUAAGACACCCUAAGAGCGGAAAAGAUGAGGACUUGGAUUGUACUUCUCCUGUGGGCAUGUGCACACCAGAGUGUGAAUGCAGUUGCCCUUUCAAGAGGGCCAGUUCGAAGGAAAACCAAAGAAAUUGAAGGACGGCAAGACAAAGAGUUGCUCAGACGUUCAAAAAGAGGAUGGAUGUGGAGACAGUUUUUUCUGCAGGAGGAAUACACAGGAACGGAUCACCAGUACAUUGGCAAGCUUCACUCAGAUAUGGAUAGAGGAGACGGCACAGUUAUGUACGUUCUCACAGGUGAAGGUGCGGGGACGAUCUUUGUGAUAGAUGUCAACUCAGGAGAUCUGCAUGCUACCAGGAGCCUGGACAGAGAGGAGAAGCCUUUCUACGUGCUCCGAGCCCAGGCUGUCGACAAGAAGACCGGCCUCCCACUGGAGCCAGAGACUGAGUUUAUUGUGAAACUACACGACAUCAAUGACAAUGAGCCUAAGUUUGACAAGGAGGUUUAUACAGCGUCCGUACCUGAGAGGUCACACAUUGGCACCUAUGUCACUCAAGUUACCGCCCAGGAUGCAGAUGAUGAAAUGUUUGGCUACAGUGCAAAGCUGGCCUACAGCAUCAGUCAGGGUCAUCCAUACUUCUCAGUAGAGCCAAAUACAGGUAUAAUCCGGACAGCUUUGGGACCUUCCGAUAUGGACAGAGAGCAGAGGGAGCACUACCAGGUGGUGAUCGAAGCCAAGGACAUGGCCGGCCAGAAGGGGGGCUUAACAGGCUCCACCACAGUAAACAUUAGCCUCACUGAUGUCAACGAUAACCCCCCUCGUUUCACGCAGAAUAUUGAAAACAUACUGUUGACAAUUGAGCUAAACGGUUUGAAUUACAGGUACUCCAUUGAUCGGCACACAGAUGUUGACCGGAUUUUUGAUGUCUAUGCUGGGAAUGGAUCUAUAUUCCUGCAGAGGCCUCUGGACCGAGAAGAAUUAGCUUGGCACAACAUCUCAGUGAUCGCAACAGAGUUCAGACACUUAGACAACCCCGAGCAGACCAGCCGAGUGCCUGUGUACAUCCGCGUACUGGAUGUCAACGAUAACCCCCCCAUGUUGGCAUCCUUCUACGAGACCUUUGUCUGUGAAAACGCCAAAGCCGGGCAGAAAAUCCAGACAAUAAGCGCAGUGGAUGCAGAUGACCCAGUCGGUGGACAUCGCUUUUUGUUCUCCUUAGCACCAGAGAGCUCAGUGCGAGCAAACUUCUCAGUCCGAGAUAAUGGAGAUAACACAGCUGGGAUCUUCACACGACGCACCGGAUUUGGCCGAAUGCACAAGAGCACCCAUCUAGUGUCUGUGGUGAUAUCAGAUGGACACUAUCCCAUGCAGACCAGCACGGGCACGCUCACAAUUCGGGUGUGCACGUGCGACCGAAACGGCAACAUGGAGAUGUGCAACGCCGAGGCUCUGACCAGCUCCGCGGGGCUCAGCACAGGGGCGCUGGUGGCCAUCCUGCUCUGCAUCCUCAUCCUGCUCUUGAUCGUGGUGUUGUUUGCUGCCCUGAAACGUCAGAAGAAGAAAGAGCCCCUGAUCAUCUCCAAGGAGGACGUGAGGGACAAUGUGGUCAGCUACAAUGACGAGGGUGGCGGCGAGGAGGACACGCAGGCCUUUGACAUCGGAGCACUUCGCCAUCCGGAAGUAAUGGAGGAGAGCAAACUACGGCGGGACAUCCUGCCCUCUGAGUCACUCUACCCUCCGCCGCCACUUCACAGGACCAUGGUGCCAUCCCGAGAGAACGCAGACGUACGGGACUUUAUCAACCAACAUGUGCAGGAAAACGACGGCAACCCCACGGCUCCUCCUUACGACUCACUGGCCACCUAUGCGUAUGAAGGUAACGGAUCGGUGGCCGAGUCACUCAGCUCGCUGGGGUCCAUGUCCUCGGAAGGGGAUCAGGACUAUAACUACCUCAGCGAGUGGGGGCCACGCUUCAGGAAGCUAGCAGACAUGUACGGCGGCGAGGACAGCGACUGGGACUCCUAACGGACAGACUGUGGAGCGAGACUCAUUUGCUGAUCUGCCUCUACAUGAUGACUGGAGUGGCAGACUGAGGCAGCCUAAUUUCUUUUACAAAGUGCCCUUUUAUCGUUCUCUUUGUCCUACAAUCAGGCAGUCAGUUUCUCUGUCCUGAUUGGCAAUGCGUUUUCUCAAAUGAGGAAACGAACUUCACGCUCUGGUGAGGAGGACGUUAUCUGUACAUGGACUUCUCAUCAGAAAGAUCAUCUGCGAUGACAUCUUCCGGCAUAAUCCCAGAUUGUUCUGGAGAUGUCUGCAGUUUUUCAUAUCUGCAACCAUCGCUGAAAACGUUCUUUUGAAAAGACAAGCAUCUGAUGCAGAAUUGCUCUUCAAAUCCUGCUGCAAAGAACAGUUUAUCAGUUGACUGUGAGCCUGUGAAACACUUGAAGUGAAACUUGAGCAGGUCAUUGACUAAAUAAAGGCCAAGGCCGAGGACUUUAUGAAAAUAAUGAAACCACCGCCAAACUCGAGCCUGUGAAUUCACUAUCAGACCUCAAUGUGUAGCGGGCAGCUCAGUAUCAAACAGUUUAACAUCAUAGGAGUUGUCUAAUAACUGGGAGGAAUUUUCAAACCCUUACUAUAAACCAUUUGCAUAAUUUUACUAAUCUACUUACGACGUCAAGAAAAGAUGUGUUGUCCUGUAACCAUAAUCAAGACGGAUUGUAUGAAGCCCAUCUAGAAAAUGGGUCAGAAGAUGUUUCAUGGUUGGCACUGGUUUUCAUCAUCCACAUGAAAAAAAAAAGCCAGAAGCUUACAAUUAUCAGCUAUGUCAUUGGACCUAAAUGUGUUUUGCUUCCUUUAGCAGUCUGACAAACGUUUGUUUGAACUCAGAACUGCUUAGUAUGACUUUCUCCUUGUGAGAAACAGAUUUGCACACGGUCCCUUAAUGACGUGCAGCAACAUUUACAUUCCAUACUAUUACUGUAUGUUUUUUUUCCCCUCUCUCUAUUCUUCCAGAUGAGACCUUGACAUAGAGUCAAACCAACCAAAAGAGAAUUAAACAUUAAUAUCUAUACAUAGAAUUAUGGCUUCGUGGACCAAGAGAUUGAAAGCAAAGUUGUUAAUUAAUCACAGUUUGAAGCUGCAAUUCUCACCUUUCCUCUGACAACCUUCUGCUUUUAAUAGCGAGUGUCAAAUAACCAGGGAAGUAAUAAAAGCUCAACUGAUUUAUUCCUCGGCUGAAUGUUAACCACAGCAGUGUUGUAUUGAAGUGUGAGGCAAAUCUUAAAGUAAAUCACUCCGCAAUGAUUGCGCCCUCUCUUCAAACCACAAAAUGAUCCUGAGAUUGCCUUCACCGCUUCAGUUAGGAGGGGGUGAGUCAGCUCCGAACGGUGCUUCAGCAGGUAAAUAUUUGUGUUUUAGAAGCAGAAUUUCCAUUCUUUGUCAUUGAUAUGCUGUAAAAAGAAAAAGAAAAAGAUGGUUACUCAUGCUGUAAAAACUUGGUUUAAUGAACAGUGCUUUGUACCAGUGGCUUGGGAGAGUAGAUUAUGUCCAUGUACUACUUUGCUUUAUAUCUUGUGAAAUUUUGUACCAAAUAUUUAUAUACCACAAUGAUGACUAAAUAUUAUUUAAAUAUGUACAUUCUGUGUUAUUGUUUCUGUGUUUUGAAAGUGUUAAACUGUAAA